AUGCUGCGGCUUGUCGUGGAGUCGGCCAAGAUUGACCCGCCCCUAACCCCCCCACCCAGAUCCUGCGUGUCCGUCAACUUCAGAGAUAUCAAGAAGAGAACUCAUGUGGUGGAAGGGAAUGACCCCAUAUGGAAUGAGACCCUAAUCUGGCACCUCUGGAACCGUCCCCUGGAAAAUGACUCCUUCCUGCAAGUCACCCUUCAGGACAUGGGCUCAGAAGAGAAAGAAAGGUUCAUUGGCCUGGCCACAGUAGUGCUCAAGCCGUUGGUGAAACAUCCGAGAAAGGUCCAUUUUGUGAAGAACUUGAACCUGCUCAACCAUUCCAUGAGUCAAACAGACUGUACUAUCACUCUACAGGUAGCCCACAUGACCCACCGAGACAUUGAGAAGACAGGGUAUAAAGACCGCCUGGGCAUAACGACAAGAGAGGCAGCCAAGCAGAAAGUGCCGCUUCCCAGCUCUGCCAUGCAGAGGGCUCUGUGCUCAAAGCCUCAGCACUUCCAGGUUCGAGUGAGGGUGUUUGAAGCGCGACAGCUCAUGGGCAAUGACAUCAAGCCAGUGGUGAAGCUGUCCAUUGGGGGCCAGCAGCAGCAGACCCGGAUCAAGAUGGGAAACAACCCUUUCUUCGAUGAGCUCUUCUUCCAGAAUUUUUAUGAGAUUCCUAUGAAGUUCUUCGAUGAGAUCAUCUUAAUCCAGGUGGUGAACUCCGCAGUGAUGAGAUAUAAAGCAGAGAUUGGGAGAUUCCAAACAGAUAUUGGAUUUGUCUACCAUUCUCCAGGUCACUCACUCCUGAGGAAAUGGUUAGGCCUCUGCCAGCCAAAUAAACCUGCCAGUGGCGUGACAGGCUACCUGAAAGUCACCAUCUCUGUUCUUGGUGUGGGAGACCAGGCCCCGGUAGAUCAAAAGCUGCCCUAUAGGGCCGAUGACACCGAAGUUCAGAUCUUCAAGUCAGCGGCAGUUCCGAUCCACAUGGCUUAUUUACAGUUCUUCAUCUACUGCGCAGAGGACCUUCACUUCAGGAAACUGCAGUCAGUGAAUCCUAUGUUGGAGGUGGAACUAAUUGGGGAAAAGCUCAAGACGCGUGUACCGGCCCCAACUGACAACCCGAUAUGGAACCAGAUCCUGACCUUCCAGAUCCAGCUGCCCUGCCUCUCCAGCUACAUCAAGUUCAGAGUCUUGGACUGCUCCAGGAGGGAUUGCCAGGAUGAGAUUGGUACUGCCAGCCUGUUCCUCAACCAGAUCUCAUCCACUGGAGAAGAGAUAGAAGGAGUGUCCUCUGGCUUCCUACCCUGCUUUGGCCCCAGCUUCCUGACUCUCCAUGGGGGGAAAAAGGCCCCUUUCAGGAUCCAGGAAGAAGGCGCUUGUAUUUCUGACUCUGUUAAGGAUGGUUUAGCUUAUCGAGGCCGAGUCUUCCUAGAGUUAAUCACCCAAAUCAAGUCCCAACAAGACUCCAGGAUGAAGGACCUCUCCCAUGAAGUGACCAUGAUAGAGAAGCACCGGAACCGCCAAAAGUAUGGAUUGUGUGUUAUCUUCCUCUCCUGUACCAUGAUGCCCAACUUCAACGACCUGAUCCAGUUCGAGGUCAGCAUUGGCCACUAUGGAAACAAGCUGGACCUGAAUUACAAGCCUCUAGUCUCAACCACACAGUACAGCCCAGUGAUAUACGAUGGGAACAUCUACCAUUAUGUGCCCUGGUACAACACCAAGCCUGUCGUGGCUGUGACCUCCAGCUGGGAGGAUGUCAGCUUCCGAGUGAACUGCCUCAACCUCCUCCAUUUCACUCGGGACCGCCUGAAAGCCAAUCUGGACACCCUGAAAUCCAUGCGGAAUCCGAAGGACCCAGCACUGCUCCGCCAGUGGGAGAAACUGCUGCGGGAGCUGGUACAGGACUGCAAGCGCCCUCUGCCCUGCAUGACUGAUCAGCCCGCAGCCACCAACCUGGAUAGGAAGAGGUGGCAGCUCUGCAGCCUCGUCCUGCAGGAACUGGCCCAAAAGGCCAAGCAUGCCAAGCCCAGGGACAUGGUGGCCACCGUGGAGGGCUGGCUGUACCACCUCAACACUGUGCUCCCUGAGCCCCAGAUCAGCCUCCCAGACGUGAUGAUCUGGCUGAUGGCCAAGGAGCAGCGAGUGGCCUACGCACGGGUUCCCGCCCACUCCGUCCUGUUCUCCCAGGCAGGGGGCCUGUACUCCGGCAGGUUCUGUGGGAAAAUACAGACACUCCUCCUACAGUACCCCGAGGGUGAAGGACAGAAGGACACGCUCCCAGCCCACCUCCGGGUCUGCAUGUGGCUGGGCAAUGUCACAGACAGCAAGGAUCUGCAGCUGCUCCGCCAGGGCGACAUGGUGGUGUACGCAGAGACGUACGAGAAUCAGGCCAAGUACAAAGACCAGUGGGGGAUGGAGGGGCUGUACCGCUGCCCCAACUUCUCAGAUGUCAUGGGGAACAAGGCCCUCCCCAAGACGGAUUUCCAGCCACCCCCAGGAUGGCACUGGUCGGACAACUGGAGAGUGGAGCCUCAGAGGAGACUCCUUCUGGACAUAGACAUCAACAAGAGCCAGGUGCUGGAGGAGGUGUAUGAGAACCAGGGCCGCAAUGCCAGAGGUGCCUGGGUGCCCGCUGCCAUCCCGAACACGGACGUGAACGGACAGCCCGUGGAGGCCCGGGAGAAUGUGAAGUGCCCCCAAGGCUGGCACUUUAAGAAGAACUGGAUUGUGGAGCUGAACCGGGCAGUGGACAAUGAGGGCUGGGAGUAUGGAGUGGGGAUCCCGCCCUCCGGCCUGCCCCAGGUCUGGAACUCGGUGGAGAAGACCUACCACUCGAGCCGCCGGCGGCGCUGGGUGCGUGUACGCUUCCGGAACCACAGGGAGCUGAGCCUUGAGCAGGAGACCCUCUCCUUCCUGCAGCAGCACAACCUGGCCAAGGGGGAAGAAGAGGGCUGGGAGUACGGCACCUUCCGCUCCAAGUUCCACCUGAGCUCUCAGCCCCAGAGCCGGUUCCGCCGCCGCUGCUGGCAUCGCAGGCUAGCCCCCGACAAAGACAAGGGCGUUGCACCCAUAUUCCUCCUGGAGGGGUCUUUGGCUAUGGAUUUGAAACAGCAUGCUAAGAAGGAAGAGGAAAACAAGUCAUGGAUGGGCUCCAUGAGGCGUAUGCCAGAGGACACCCGGCCCCCCAACAUGCCCUUCAUCUACUGCAUCUUCAACAAGCCCCACUACUACCAGCUCUUCUGCUACAUCUACCAGGCCCGGAACCUGAUGUCCAACCACAUCCUGACAUUCCAAGGGCCCUUCAUUCGGGUGGUCUUCCUAAACCAUAGCCAGUGCACCCAAACCCUGAGGAGCUCGGCAGGCCCCACGUGGGCCCAGACGCUCAUCUUCCAGCACCUUCUUCUGUACGAGAACCCCCAGGACACCAAAGAAAGCCCACCACUCGUGGUGCUGGAACUGUGGCAGCGUGACUCCUGGGGCAAGGAGAACUUGUGGGGACGGAGUAUGUGGCCCCCAGUGGUCUGGCUGGAUCUCCAUAACCGGACCCUGCCUCCCAUGAGGUGGCACCCCAUUAUAAAUGAGCUGGGGGCUGAAGAGGGUGAGAUCUUGGCAUCCUGUGAGCUGAUCCUCGAGACUGAGAGGCUCAGAGAGAAGCAACUGCCAAUCUUGAGUGUUCCCUGGAAGAAUGGGGUCUACACACUCCCCAAGAGCAUCCAGCCCACGCUAAAGAAGAUGGCCAUUGAGAUCUUGGCCUGGGGCCUUCGGAACAUGAAGAACAUGAGCUCCCCACAGCUCCUUGUGGAAUUUGGGGAGAAGUCCCUGAGGACAGAACCCAUCAGUGACUUCCAGACCAACCCCAACUUCCCUGAAUCCUUCCUCCUCCUCAUAGUGUACAUGCCCACAGAGGAGGCCUACGCGCUGCCCCUUGUGGUGAAGGUGGUAGACGUUUGGAUCUUCGGCCAGGAGACUGUGGUGGGUCAAGCCAACAUCGACUUCCUCCAGCCCUAUUUCUGUGACCCCUGGGCUCAGGACUACGUGCCCCCACGGCUUCCAACGCUGGGCAUGAAGCAACACCGAGAUUUCCUAGAGCACCUCUACAAAAAGUUCUUCUUCAAGUUGAGCACAACCAAGGAUCAUUAUGAGCACGAAGUGGAUUGGUGGAGCAAGCUUUUCUGGGCCACGGGAGAUGAUCACAAGUCCCCCAAGUACAAGUAUAAAGACUACCACACUCUAAAGGUGUAUGACUGUGAGCUGGAGGCUGUGCCAGCCUUCCAAGGCCUGCAGGACUUCUGCCAGACCUUCAGGCUCUACCAGGAGCAGCCCAAGUUGGACAGCCCUGUGGUAGGGGAGUUCAAGGGCCUUUUCCGUAUCUACCCAUUUCCUGAGAAUCCGGAAGCCCCCACGCCCCCGAACCAGUUCGAGGUUUGGCCUGAGAGAGAGGACUUCCCUCAGCUGUGCUUGGUGCGGGUCUACAUGGUUCGAGCUAUCAACCUGCAGCCCCAGGACUACAAUGGCCUGUGUGACCCUUAUGUGAUCCUGAAACUGGGGAAUACAGAGCUUGGCAACCGGGACACAUACCAGCCCAACACACUGGACCCCAUCUUUGGCACGAUGUUUGAACUCACCUGCAACAUCCCCCUGGAGAAGGAUCUAGAGAUCCAGCUAUAUGACUUUGACCUAUUGUCACCCGAUGAUAAGAUUGGAACCACCGUCAUCGACCUCGAAAAUCGUCUCCUGUCUGGCUUUGGAGCUCGUUGUGGGCUCUCCAAAUCCUACUGUCUGUCAGGGCCCUUUAGAUGGCGGGAUCAGAUGUCCCCAACCUACCUCCUGGAAUGCUAUGCCAAGCGAAAAGGGCUGCCUCCGCCUCUGUUCAACCCUGAGGAAGACUCUGUUUUUUACAAUGGGAAAAUCUUCAAGCUGAAAAGCUUUGAGCCCCAACCCCCUACUGUUCAUGGUUUGGGACCCAAGAUGGAACGCCUUGCGCUGUACCUCCUGCACACCCAGGGGCUGGUACCUGAGCACGUGGAGACCCGCACACUGUACAGCGACAGCCAGCCAGGCAUCGAGCAGGGAAAGGUACAAAUGUGGGUGGAUAUCUUCCCUAAGAAGCUGGGGCUUCCUGGCCCUCCAGUCAACAUCAGCCCCAGAAAGCCUAAACGGUAUGAGCUGCGCUGCAUCAUCUGGCAGACUGCCAACGUGGACCUGGUGGAUAGCAAUUUAAGGGGAGAUAAGACGAGCGACAUCUAUGUCAAAGGGUGGCUAUACGGCCUAGAGGAUGACAUGCAGAAGACAGAUAUCCACUACUACUCCCUGACUGGGGAGGGCAACUUCAACUGGCGGUUCAUCUUUACCAUGGACUACCUGGCAGCAGAGCAUGUGUGCAUCCACAGCCAGAAGGAUUACAUUUGGAGCCUGGACCCCACAUCGAUGAAGUUCCCAGCCCGGCUCAUCAUCCAGGUCUGGGACAAUGACAUCUUCUCCGCUGAUGACUUCCUAGGGGUCCUGGAGUUGGAUUUGUCUGACAUGCCCUUCCCAGCUCGGCACGCCAGCCAGUGCUCCAUUAGGAUGAUGGAUGCUGACUCCAAGUGGCCUGCCUUCCUCCAAUACAAGCACUUCUCCCUCUUUAAGAAGAAGACUGUAACUGGCUGGUGGCCUUGUCAGGUCCUCGACGAUGGCAAAUGGCGCUUGUCGGGCAAAGUGAAGAUGACUCUCGAGAUGCUGUCCGAGAAGGAAGCCUUAAUCAAGCCAGCUGGGCGAGGCCAGUCGGAACCCAACCAAUACCCUACACUUCAUCCUCCCCUACGCACUGAUAGCUCUUUCAAGUGGUUUCGGUCACCUGUUCGAAACAUCUGCCGUGCUUUCUGGAAACGCUACCGCUUCAAACUCCUAGCCUUAGUGGUCACAGUGAUUACAGCACUUCUGCUAUUCAACUUUAUCUAUUCAGCUCCGCACUAUUUGGCCAUGCACUGGAUCAAACCUGAACUGCGGCUGUCUCCUCCCAUUAAAAUAUUCAACAUCAUCACUCAACGAAACACCAGCAAUGCCAACUCUUCCAUCCUCCAAAUCCCAGAUUCAAACCUAAAGCCUAUGACAGACCGUGAGUUCAAACUCCUCCAGGGACCCAGGAAUCACCUGAGUGAUAUUUUCCCAGAACCUCCAGCCCCGUAAGACUAAUUCUCCCAUGUUUGCCUGGCUUUUCUCCCCUGGCUACCAGCAGCCCUGCCCUUGA